GGGCGGGCGCGGUGACUGCCUGACGUGGCGGGGGCUCGGCGGGGCGACCCCCAGGCGUACGGCACCGUGGGGCCUGGCGCCGUGGUGCGGGCGGCUGAGGCCUUCGCGCGGAUGAGGCGGCCCGUGGCCGUCUCAGCCGGAUCGGCGAGGCUCUGUCGCUAGCCGCGGGUCCGAGUGUGGCCUCCGGCCAGUCCCCGACCCUCGAGGCUACGUGAGCAGGGAUUGCAACAGGCGCCUGGGCGGGCCUGACUGCCGCGCCUGGCGUGACCUCAGACUCUUCAGCCGCGGCUGCGGUUGUCCAGAGAAGCGGGAGAGUUCGCGCUGUCAGUGCAAAAUCCCUGGGCUGUACUAGUUUGGAUCAUUUUAGAUCCUGUCAGGCCAAAGGAACCGAGCGGGUGGGACGCAACCGGACCACCUUCUGCCCAAGGCUGCUCUCUGGGGUCAGGCCGAGCUCAGAGAUGCUCGCAGUCUGCGCCCUGGGAAACAAGACACAGACACUGAAGGUGACACAGUAGGAUGAAGACCUUGUGGAUGAAGAGACCAGGUUAUAAGACAGAAGGCCAAGUGGGACCAUGGCUGGGAGGAAGCAGGGAAAAGGCUUUGGGAUCUCAGGGAAGUCACUGUGGCAGGUGCCACAGCUGCAGUGCCAUCGGCCUGUGUGGCAUCGUGCAGCUCCCUCUGUGCUCACUCCUUGUUCCCUCUGUCUUGCAGCUGACUACAGUGGUGAGGGCUGCUGUGGCUGUCAGGAUGGCAGAGGAGCAGGAAUUUGCCCAGCUGUGCAAGCUGCCAACACAGCCCUCCCACUCAAACUGUGUCAGCAACACCUACCGAAGCACACAGCACUCCCAGGCCCUGCUCCGGGGCCUGCUUGCUUUGCGAGACAGUGGGAUCCUCUUUGAUGUUGUCUUGGUGGUAGAGGGGAGACAUAUUGAGGCUCAUCGAAUUCUGCUGGCUGCAUCAUGUGAUUACUUCAGAGGAAUGUUUGCUGGGGGAUUGAAGGAGAUGGAGCAGGAAGAGGUCCUUAUCCAUGGUGUGUCUUACAAUGCCAUGUGCCAAAUCCUGCAUUUCAUAUAUACUUCUGAACUGGAGCUCAGCCUGAACAAUGUGCAGGAGACCCUGGUUGCUGCCUGCCAACUUCAGAUCCCAGAAAUUAUCCACUUCUGCUGUGACUUCCUUAUGUCCUGGGUGGAUGAGGAGAACAUCCUUGAUGUCUACCGGCUGGCAGAGCUCUUUGACCUGAACCGUCUGACCCAACAGCUGGAUACCUACAUCCUCAAAAACUUUGUGGCCUUCUCGAGAACUGACAAGUACCGCCAGCUUCCCUUGGAGAAGGUCUACUCCCUCCUCAGCAGCAAUCGCCUGGAGGUUUCCUGUGAGACUGAGGUGUAUGAAGGGGCCCUGCUCUACCAUUACUCCCUGGAGCAGGUGCAGGCUGACCAGAUCUCACUGAAUGAGCCUCCCAAGCUCCUAGAGACUGUGCGUUUUCCCUUAAUGGAAGCUGAGGUCCUUCAACGGCUGCAUGACAAGCUUGGUCCUAGCCCACUGAGGGACACAGUGGCCAGUGCCCUUAUGUACCACCGGAAUGAGAGCCUGCAGCCCAGCCUUCAGGGCCCACAGACAGAGCUUCGCUCAGACUUCCAAUGUGUUGUGGGCUUUGGGGGCAUUCACUCCACGCCAUCUACAAUCCUCAGUGACCAGGCCAAGUACCUGAAUCCCCUAUUGGGAGAGUGGAAACACUUCACUGCCUCUCUGGCUCCCCGAAUGUCCAACCAGGGCAUUGCGGUGCUCAACAACUUCGUGUACUUGAUUGGAGGGGACAAUAAUGUCCAAGGCUUCCGAGCUGAGUCCCGAUGCUGGAGGUAUGACCCGAGGCACAAUCGCUGGUUCCAGAUCCAGUCCUUGCAGCAGGAACAUGCAGAUCUGUGUGUGUGUGUCGUGGGCAAGUACAUCUAUGCUGUGGCAGGCCGUGACUACCACAAUGACCUGAAUGCUGUGGAACGCUAUGAUCCUGCCACCAACUCCUGGGAUUAUGUGGCCCCACUCAAGAGGGAGGUAUAUGCCCAUGCAGGCACCACACUGCAGGGAAAGAUGUACAUCACCUGUGGUCGCAGAGGAGAGGACUACCUGAAAGAGACGCACUGCUACGACCCAGAAAGCAACACAUGGCAUACUCUGGCUGACGGGCCUGUGCGACGUGCCUGGCAUGGCAUGGCUGCCCUCCUCGACAAGCUGUUUGUGAUUGGAGGCAGCAACAAUGAUGCUGGCUACAGGAGGGAUGUGCACCAGGUGGCUUGCUACAGCUGCACAUCUCGGCAGUGGUCAAUGGUCUGCCCACUCCCAGCUGGGCAUGGUGAACCUGGCAUUGCUGUACUAGACAACAGGAUAUAUGUGCUGGGUGGCCGUUCUCACAACCGAGGCAGCCGCACGGGCUACGUGCACAUCUACGACAUAGAGAAAGACUGCUGGGAAGAGGGGCCUCAGCUGAACAAUUCCAUCUCUGGCCUUGCAGCCUGUGUGCUCACCCUGCCCCGCUCCCUGCUCUGUGAGCCACCCCGAGGGACCCCCAACCGCAGCCAGGCAGAUGCAGACUUUGCCUCUGAAGUGAUGAGUGUAUCGGACUGGGAGGAGUUUGACAACUCUAGUGAGGACUAGGGAUCUCAUGCCUAGUGUUUGAUGGGGGUAACUGGGACAGUGAAGGCCACAGGGCCUGGGUUAAAAUACCAGGCUCCAGGGUAGCGCCCUUCCCAAGCUCUUUUCCACUCUGUUUCUUCAACCAGCUUGCUGCCAGUAUUUGCGAACUAUAUGGCUGUGAAUUAUAUUAUAAGGAAAAGUUCUCCAGAAAGACUGCUGUCAGCUGAGGGAGUGAUCAGGCCCAUCCUCUGUGAACUCUGAAGGGCUGGUAUCUCUUUUUGGCCUCUUCUUCCCCUUAGUCUGGUCUCUGAUGGGUUAAGUAAGGUCCCUCCUGCAAGAGAUCUUGGGGGAUAGCAGUUCUAACCGUGGCCAAAGUUCAUGAGUCCCUUCUUCCUUGACCCAAAUGGUCUGGUGAACAGCUCCAGCUGCCUGCAGUCAGGGCCUUGAGCAGCUGGUGAGCUUUCAAGGGACAGAGGAAACCGUGUACCCAGAGCUGGUCCUAGGGAUGAGGAGAUGCCCACAUAACUGUGUGUUUCUGACCCAAUAUUGUUGAAAAUGAAAUAAAACAUUAUACAAAA